AUGGAUAUUCUUCAUGUUAAUCCAUACUCAACAUUCUUUCGAACUCUUGGAGAUCUGCCCAAUUUGGAAAAUCACAAAAUUCAUAUCAGAUCAGAUGUGGGUUUGGAUCAGCGUGUUUUUAACACUCCGUCAGCUUCUCAAGUAGCAGUUAUUUGGAUUGAAGAUGAUGAUUCAGAACAUUUGAGAGGACGAAAUAUUGUGCAGUUUGUUGUUGAUAUGUACGUAAAAAUUGAGACGUCAAGAUUGGAUUAUUUUCGUAAUAAGCAACAAGAGAUUCGAUCUGAAGUAUAUCAAGGAAUAGUUGACAGUCUAUCAAUUGGACAAAGCAAUGCUUCUAAAGUUGGUAAACGCAUCAUUCUGCCUUCUUCUUUUAUUGGAGGUCCAAGAGAUAUGCGUAAGAGAUAUAUGGAAGCAAUGACUUUAGUCCAACGCUUUGGAAAACCGGACAUCUUUUUAACCAUGACAUGCAACCCAAGUUGGAAAGAAAUCUUAGAUGAAUUGGGUCCACAAGAAGAAGCACAAAAUCGUCCUGAUUUGAUUGCACGUAUCUUUAGAGCAAAAUUAGAAGAACUGAAGGAUGAAUUAUUCAAACGGGAGAUAUUUGGAAAAGUUUCAGCAUACGUAUACGUCAUUGAACAUCAAAAAAGAGGACUACCACAUGCACAUUUCUUGAUCAUACUACAAAGAGAUUGGAAAAUCUAUACUCCAGAAUCUUUUGAUGAAAUUGUAUCAGCAGAAAUACCUGACAGAGAAAGAAAUCUACAUUUGCACAAGACAGUAAAAAGACAUAUGAUGCACGGCCCCUGUGGAGUACUGAAUCCGAACAAUGUGUGUAUGAAAGCAAAUGGCAGUUGUAAAAACCACUUUCCAAAAGGUUUUGUACCUAACACAACCGUUGGAAUCGAUUGUUUUCCACAGUACAAACGUUGUGAUAAUGAAAUGACUGUCAAAGUCAGAGGUAAAGAUUUAGAUAACCGUUGGGUUGUUCCACAUAAUCCAUAUCUCCUCGCAAAAUUUGAUUGUCACUUGAAUGUAGAAAUUUGCUCAACAAUCAAAGCAGUCAAAUACCUUUAUAAGUACAUUUAUAAAGGUCAUGAUCGUGUUGCUUUCAACUUGAUUCCUGGACAAAACAUCCAAGAUAUAGAUGAAAUCCAACAAUUUCAAUCAGCCAGAUGGAUUGCUCCACCAGAAGCUAUGUGGAGAAUAUACGGUUUUAUUCUUAAUGAAAUGCAUCCAUCAGUUUACAGUUUACAUCUACAUCUUGAAGAUCAACAUCUGGUAGCUUUUCAUGCACAUGACAACCUUAACAAUAUUCUGAGAUCUGAUUUUACGGCAAAAUCAAUGUUGACUGAAUUCUUUUCAACAAAUCAAACUAAUGAAAAUGCACGAAAACUACUGUACAAAGAAUUUCCUGAAGCUUUUGUUUGGAACCAACAACACAAAAUAUGGACUCCAAGAAAGAAGAAAACUGUUAUAGGCCGCAUUGUUACAGCAAGUCCAUUCGAAGGUGAAAGGUAUUACUUACGGAUAUUGUUAAAUCAUAUAAGAGGCCCUUUAUCAUUUGACCACAUCAAAACAGUUGGCAACGUCACUGCACCAACCUUUCGUGAAGCAGCUACAUUACAUGGUUUGUUACAAAGAGAUACCAGUUUGCAAGAUUGUAUGCAAGAGGCUUCCUUAUACCAAAUACCACACAGUUUAAGACGGCUAUUUGCAACAAUUUUAGUAUACUGUAAUCCAACAAAUCCUAGAGAACUUUGGGAAUAUUUUGAACAAGAUAUGUCAAGUGAUUUCCAAACAAGUGUUGCAACAUCAGCAGAUAUUAGGACAAAAGUCUUACGAAGCAUCUCUUCUACACUUGAAUCGAUGGGAAAAGACAUAAACAUGUUUCAUUUAAUAGAACAUGAUGUCUCUUUUGAUCAGAACGAAACUGAAGCUAGAGAAAUAAAUGAUGAAUUUGCAGUUUCAAUACCAGAAGAAGAUCUUAUGGCUUCGAUGAGUCUUAAUUCUGAACAACAACACGCAUAUGAAUCAAUUUUGCAGAAAGUCCUUCUAAAUGAAUCUGCUGCAUUUUUUAUUGAUGGUCCGGGCGGAACAGGGAAAACAUUCUUAUAUAAAGCACUUCUCGCUACAGUAAGAUCAAGAAACUUAAUUGCUCUUGCAACUGCAUCGUCUGGUGUUGCUGCAUCUAUUUUACCUGGAGGUCGAACAGCCCAUUCACGCUUCAAAAUUCCAUUAGAUCUUGACAAAAAUAGUACUUGUUGUGUAAGCAAACAAAGUGCUCUUGCCAAAUUGUUACGUCUUGCAAAGCUAAUCAUAUGGGAUGAAGCACCUAUGUCUAGAAAAGAAUGUAUGCAAGCAUUGGAUAAAAUGUUACGAGACAUAACUGAUUCAAGAUUACCAUUUGGUGGAAAAAUUAUCGUAUUCGGUGGAGAUUUUCGUCAAGUCUUACCUGUGAUUCGGAAAGGCACAAGACAAGAAGAAGUUAAUGCCAGUUUAGCAUCGUCAUAUUUGUGGUCUACUUUAACUAAGAUUAGGUUGAGUGAGAAUAUGCGAGCAAGAUUCGAUCCAAACUUCUCAAAUUAUUUACUUCAGGUCGGAAAUGGAACAACACCAAUCACAAUUGAGAAUAAGAUCAAAAUUCCCAAUGAAAUGCUCAUUCCUUACAGAAAUGAUGUGGAGUCUUUAGAUGAUCUGAUCGAUGCAGUCUUCCAAGAUAUUGGCAGCUAUUCAGAAAAUUUAUCCGAAAUGACAAAUCGAGCUAUCUUGACACCAAAGAACAACUCUGUCGAUGAGAUAAAUACAAUACUUAUUCAAAGAUUUCCUGGUACAGUUACACAAUACUAUAGCUUCGAUGAAACGAUUGAUACAUCAGAACAAGGAAUCAUGGAGGAUUUUUUAAAUACAUUGACACCAAAUGGACUUCCACCUCAUGAGCUGUUAUUAAAAAAAAUUGUCCCAUCAUGUUACUCAGAAAUGUCAAUCCUUCAGAAGGUUUAUGCAAUGGAACACGUCUUAUUUGUCGCAACUUUGAACGAAAUAUCAUUGAUGCUGAAAUUGCAGUUGGUCACCACACCGGAAAAAGAGUUUUCAUACCAAGAAUUCCUUUCUUGCCAAAUGCAGAUGACAAUAGUGGGCAACCGACUACAAGCAACAAUUUUCGGCAAAGAUAUAGACCUACGUAAUGACAUGUUGCACAUCUUCCGGUCUUACUACAUCAGUAAUGCUUAUGUUAAGCCUUUAGAUCCCAGGCAUAGAAUUGAAGCGCAUGAAUACCAGUGGAUCUUAAAUUCAAGAACAAUCAUCGAAAACAUUCAAGAUAAUGAAGUGGAAUUACAACCACCAGAAUAUGAUAUUAUCCCAUUCACCAAUCUGCAUGAGUACAAAGACACUGGAACUGAAAUAGGUCUCUCUCUUUCGUCUCAACCAACAAGUGUAUUUACCUUAAAUCCUGUCAUCCCUGCUGCAACUCCAUUAUGUCAAUGCUGUCGAGCUUACAUCGAAGUUGACGAUGGUAAUGGACGACUAGGAGCUGUCAUGUUCGGUAAAAUCGCAGAAGAAGCUCUAGGUUGCACAGCAAUCGAACUAAUGGAACAUACAGGAGAGCUAAGUUUGAGAGAGAAUAUAAGGAAUAAUGACAGAAUUGAAGCAGCUGUGCUUCAAUCAAGCUGCAUAGCACAAGAUCUACGCAAUCUUCCCAAGUUAUCUCAACAAUCUACUCAGGUCAACUAA